UUUGUAGCUGUCAAUGUCAAAAAGCGUCAAAGUGUUUGAUUUCGUUUAUUUAUGCAUUUUUCACAUAUUUCAAAUAAAAAAUGAGGUUUAAACAUUUUGUAUGAAUCGGGUACUUCCUUCGGGUUAUCCCAGUGGCUUUUCCAGUGAAGAAAUCUGUGCUAUCACGUUAAAAAAGAGAGUUUUGUAGGCACCGUUAUAUCGGCUACAAAAUGGCAAAAUCUCAAAUAAAUACAAAAUCUAGCUCAUAUUUGAGGGAUAAGGAAAGUUUUUUGAAGGAGCUGAAGCAGUUCAACGACUCGAAAAACAUCCCGUAUAAAGUUCCUUAUGUGAAUGGCAUUGAAAUAGAUCUAUAUCAUUUCUAUAGUUUGGUCCAACAAAAAGGUGGUCUUCACAAGGUAAAUCAGAAUGACACCUGGGACUCCUUUCUGCGUCCAUUAAGAUUGCCACAUCCUUGCGUAAAUGGAUCAACUUUGCUCAAGAGAAUAUACGGAACAUAUCUUGAAAAGUAUGAACGAGCAAAGGGUCCCCCGGGGCGUGAUGAUGACAACGAUCUGGAUGAGGACCCGCGGCGCGGGCGCGGAGGCGGCAUGCCGCGCGUCAUGUUCGGCGGGGGCACGUAUAUCUCAGCAUCAGGAGAAGCGCUUCGCACGGCGCCUCGAGUGGCCGGGCCUUCGGAAAGGCUCGCCCUUUCGCUCCUCUCACCAAUGCCGAACGAACAGGACUUCGCUGUCAAUGUCUGUACAGUGUUAGCUGCUGAUCACUCGAACAGGCUGCCAUUGUCCACCACGCCGCAUAUAUUGGACUUCUUACUUGCACAUGCCGGGGUUUAUAAUCAUUCAAGUCUAAGAGACACGAUAGGCCGUUCGUAUUUCGAAGCCAGAGGUCGUUACCCCGACGAGUUUUGGUGCAUGAGAGCUGGUGGAGGGGGCGCUAAGGAGUUGGCAGACGAGACCAAGUUCAUGCAGCCCGGUAUAGAGCAGCCCGAGCUGAUGGUGCAGGCUCUCGCUGCGCACAACACGCUGACUGACUGCCUCACGCAAGACGCCGGUAUUGACGACGUCAUUGAGAAGAUGCGAGAAGAGGAGGCGCUAGAAGACUGGGUGACGGAACCUUCAGAUCAAAGUCAGCUGUUCGCCCCGGAGUUGCCCGGUGGCGCCUCCUGCGUCUACACACAACGUGUUCUGCAGAUAGCGUCCAUAGUGCGUUCGCUGUCUUUCCACGAGGAGAAUGUGCACUACCUCGCCAAGAACACUACUCUCAUAAGAUUCUUAUUACUUUGUGCGAAUUGUUGGGUCGGUACUCUGCGGCAAUCCGGUUUGGAUACUCUCGGAAACAUCUCCACGGAACUCAUUAUCAAAGACCCAGCCACCUGUCUGAUUUCCCGACACGUGCUGUCGACCAUCCAAUCCGCGCUGGUUUCCCCGGAUAGAGCGAGGGUGCUCGCGGCUCUGGAGCUGCUCAAUAAACUCGCUCAGAACGAGGUCAACGAAGACGCGCUCUUGAAGGCUUUGGAGGCCAAGGUAUACAGUGACGUGUGCGCGUUACUGACUCUACGAGACAUAAUGGUGUUGGUGUGUACGUUAGAGUGCGUGUACGCGCUGACGUCACUCGGGGACCGCGCCAGCGAGGCUGUGGCUCGCGUGCCCGGCCUGGUGCAUACUCUAGUGUCACUUGUUACUGUUGAGGCUCAAAGCUACGGCCCGCGGGCGUGCAUACUGAUGCGUGUGGUGGAGACGGUGAGCGGGCCCAGCGCGAUGGCCGCCGCCGCCGCAGAGCGAGAGGCGCAGGAGCAGCGACAUCAGCAACAGAUACAGCAACAACAGAGCCAACCAGCCCCCAAGCCGGCCCCGGAACCGCCAACAGUAACGGCGCCCGCGUCCCCCGCCGUCACCGUCCCGCCCCCGCUCACCAACAUACAGCAGUCACACAUGCAGCAGAGGACCGUACAGGAAAACGAGCAUUUCGCGCAAGCGUGGCUGCGUUCGACAUACGAGCCGUUGCCAGCGAGUGACAACAGCGCGUGCGACGCGGCCGAGCUGUACCGACAGUACCUCGCGUGCUGCGCCAAGCUGGGCCGCAAGGGGGUCAUCGCGCCUGCGCACUUCCCGCGGCUAGUCCGGACGGUAUUCGGCGGCACGGUCGGUCCCAACACAGUGACGACGGCGACGGGCGAGACUCAACAAGCCUACAUCGGUAUACGCGCGAAAAAUGCGCCCGCGCGCACCUUACCUACAGGUCCAUCGUCGCCGAUACUGAAAGCGCAACUGACGAACAAGCCUGGCACCGUUGAAGUGAAAGCUGUGGCGUCUCCGGCGCAGCCAACCCCGCAGCCGUCAGCGUCGCACCCGCAUCUAUCACAAGCGCUAGAGUCAACUCCGUCCAACACAUCGCUAAUCAAACACUUGCUCGCGCAUAAAGUAAGCCCCGCACCGAUCGCAACGCAAGUCGCUCAGAGACAACAGAAUCAGCAACAGAGAGGCGCCGCUACUAACGUCGUCGUUCAACAAACACAAGGGACUGCGUUGGAGGUGGAUCCUGAGGCGCUGAUCAAAUGCACGACCAUCACUCCAGGCGGGGUUGCCAGUAGCACGCCCGCUGUACAAGGAGAUAAGGUUAUCAUUAGCGCACCAGAGGAGAUAAUAACGCCAAAAGAAGAGCCUGUACAAAUUCAAAUUGACGAGCAAGCACAGUUGACUAUUAAAACAGCCCAAAAUAAGAUGCUAGCAGACUUACUAGAGAAGAAGUCAAACCCCCCAGUGCAAGUAGUACAAAUGGGCCCCCAAAUUAACGCACCAACCAUACAAAUAACAGAAACAGGCCAAAUUGUACAAGUCAAAUCUGAUCCAAACCCAGUGAUACAAAUAAACGCUGAUCCCAACUUAGUUCCUCAAGGAACUCCGUACUUUCAACUAAAAAACGAACAGGGUCAAUUUUUCCAAAUCAAAAAUGAACAAGGUCAAAUUAUUCAAUUGAAGAGCGACCAGAUUCAACCUCCAUUGCUGCAAUUCAAGAACGAGCAAGGUCAGAUCGUUCAGAUCAAAACUGAAGGUCAGAUAAUUCAAGGAGGUCAGAUUCUCCAAGGAGGGGUCAUUCAGGGUUUGAUGAAGAAUGAAAAAGACCCGAUGGUGGAAACUGUGGUUACUGAUCACUCAUACACUGAACCGCCGAGUAAGAAGUUAAAGGUUGAAGACAAGAGAGAUAUAACUCCACCUCAAGAAAGUGUGUCAAAGACUGCAGCCAACUUAUACGCAGCACUUGCUGCUUCGGCUUUGGAAGAUGAAGAGGAUUUGAUUCCACCGAAGCAAGAACCCGAUGUGAUCCAACAACCGGUUUUGGUGACUGGCACCAGUGAUAAUGGAUCGGUUAUCAUUCAAGAACCGAUUUUACAGGUUCAGCAACCAACGAUGCAAGUGCAGCAACCUACUCUGCAGGUUCAUCAACCAACGAUGCAGGUACAGGCACCGACAUUACAGGUACAACAACCGACUUUACAAGUUCAACAACCGAUGCUACAAGUUCAACCGAUGGAUGUACAGAACAUCAUUGCCUCGCAGUCUGGACAGAUUAUCAUACAAGAAAAACCAAUCGCGACCCAGCCAACCCAGUUCGUGCAGCAACCAAUGCAGAUUAUAGCCACCCCCAGCACUUCACAAGGGAGUCUAGGCUACAUAACACAGAAUAUUCCCGGUAACAUGAUGCAGAAGACGAUUAUAAUCGUGCAAGGACCUACUGGAGGCGGGCCACUUACUCUGACGGUGAACAACCCCGGUGGACUCGACGAGGCGACGUUAAACAGUCUUAUUACCCAGGCCACAGAGGCGAUAACGCAACAGCAAAUCAUUCAGAAUUCAGGCGUGAUUCAGUCUGCACAGAGGGUAAUAGUAAGUCAGCCUACCCUAGUGAGCACAUCGCAACCUAUCACGGUGGUCAAAACUGCCCUUGCACAGAACACCUCUCAAAUGACGCCGAGUCAGCAACCUAUAAUAACCACGCAACCGCAACCCCACAAGGCCCAGAUUGUCAACCAACCACAGACUCAACAGAUAGUGGUUACUCAGAAACAACCACCGGCGUUGAUCACCUCGUCGAGCAACCAGAUAGUCACCGGCAACCAGCAGAUCAUACAAGGCAGCCAACAACUUUUGCAGGGCAACCAGCAGAUCAUAGCAGUAUCAAGCAACCAGCAGAUCAUAAUGAACGCUCCAAUGAAGCCAGGAAUACAUAGAGUGGUUCAACAGCCGCAGCGGAGCCAAGUGGUGACCGUGCAAGCGAGUACCACAAGUGUAGCGCCUAUGGAGAGCAAACCCACUGUCAUACAGGCUAGUGUGAAACCGCAGCAGCCAGUGAUGCGUCAGGUGAUAAGCAGGCAGCCAGUUAUGGUGGGCAACAACAAGAUCGGAGACAAGGAGAUUGUUGUCACGCAGCCAGUCACACCGUCACCAGAGCCGGUGACUCCAAAGCCGACGGCGACUCCGCCCCCGGUGACGCCGGUGACGGUACAACCUGGACAAGACGAGACACCCUGGAUUUGUCAUUGGAGAGGCUGCGGCAAAACAUUCGAGAACGCAACGGAGGUAUUUGCGCACGCAGCGAAGACACAUUGCCCCCCGAACGCGGGCGGCGAGGCACCUUGUCUGUGGCUAGACUGCGACCGCGUUCCUCGCAGAACCUUCGCACUACUCAACCAUCUCACCGACAAACAUUGCACGCCACAUGCGUUGAAGGCAAUUUUCAACUCGCGCCGACACGCGGCAGCGGAAGCGGAAGCGAGUAAGCCCGUCGCCCUGGGGUACCCGCCAAACGCAGCCCUAGCGGCCCUGAACAAACAUGCAGCUGAUAUGUUCAACCCUCGCGAACUCAUGCACCGCGCUGAUAUGGGCCGCGCGACGGAGCAACUGGAUGAGAACGAGGGUCCAGUGACGAAGAGCAUCCGAUUGACAGCCGCUCUUAUUCUAAGGAACAUCGUAAUUUAUUCCAACACUGGACGAAGACAACUCCGUUCGUACGAAGCACACUUAGCAUCCAUCGCACUUAGCACGGUCGAAGCGUCGCGCACGAUCGCUCAAGUGCUAUACGAUAUGAACAACAUUUGAGAAUCGCAGAGCGGACAGCAGUCCCACGGAUGGCGGUAACACGCCACACGCGACGUUACGUCCUAACACGCCACAUGUCGCUACAUCGGUCGCUGAUGUCGCGAACUCACGUACCUGCAUUUUUUGGCGAAACUGAUUUGCACCUUUUGCCAAUAAGACAAAUCAUUUUAGCAAAAAAAAUACAAUUACGUCAGUUAGCAAAGUCAGACACGUUAUGGUCGUCUGUUUAAUUAAAUAAACAUAAACAGAAUAUCGCUUAAUAGUGAAAACCACGUAAGCGGUUUUUUGAAAAGUCAUGUUCUGAUGUGUUUUUCUGUAACAAAACCUUGAUUCCUUUAAAUUAAGUUCAUUAUGGGUUAAAAACGAGACAUUUUUGUUAACAGCGAUUUCCGUGGUGUUUUUGUUACAAAAAUCGCUUACGUGGUUUUCAUUAUAAGGGUACGAUAUAUGCUUCUCUCUGCUGGAUUUUCUCUAUCUAUCGAGGGGUAUGGAUCAUACUCCAAACAGCAUAGCAUCAGACUGCCCCGCGGGUUUCACUUUAGUCUAAAUGUCCGUAAGCCCCUAAGGAGUAAGGGAGCGCGAGGAUAGUCUAUCUCGCUCCCACUUACACGUUAAACGGAACACGGUGAGUACGAGAUUUUUAUAUGUGUGUUCGAGCUCUGGUGUGACGAAACGCUACGAAUUAAUGACAGAUCAUUUAACGGACUUUGAUUACGAUGAACAUAACAUAAACACUGUAUACAUCUAAAUUAAAACACAUAAUAACGGGUUCUUACCGCGUUUAAAAUAGGGAUAUGAGACUCCCGAUAUUUCGACACUGUUGCAACUGUCAUGAAUAUCGGGAGUCUCAUAUCCCUAUUUUAAACGCGGUAAGAGCCCGUUAUUGUGUUUUAAUUAUGAUAAUAACCGCGUAAACUUAAAACAAUGUAUAUACAUCUCACUUUUUUUUACAGACCUACCCCCAUUUCGAUUAUUUUUUAAAUUAAAAUAAGCUUUCUUAAAGUCGAUUCGAAAAGAGAUGGUUUGCGUAAAUUGUUCAAUAUUUUUGUAAGAUUUUCACUGUAAUCGACAGGUUUACACGUAAACUGCAAAAUGUAAUGGAUAUAAUUUUUGAUCGACUGUAAAGUUUUAUAAGUAUUCAACUCCUGGCCUAGGAAACAUGAUUAAAAAUUAAAUUCUGGAAAUUCAUAACAUUUUCAUUUGCAUUUAUGCAUAUCAAUAUGAAUUUGCUUAGAAAAUUAUAUUUUUAAAUUGUUUAUCGUUCAAGUUGACAUCAGGGGGGUUAAAUGGCCACAUCGAAGCAACUCGUCUAAGAAAGCAAUAUUGCUAUUUGACAUUUAUUUGCAUUGCGCACUUACUUGUAUAUGCGCAAAUGUCAAAUUGCAAUAUUGCUUUCUUAGAUGAAUUGCUUCGAUGUGGCCAUUUUAACCUCCCUGGUUUCUGUUAAAGCUGACUCGAAAAGAGCACUUUAUUUGAUAUUGCAAGUACAAGAUGUCUCUAAUGUUAUUAGUUAUAAUAUUAUUCUAAUAUAAUUUGUGAUUGGCCACUCCCACGCAGUACAAAUAUUUUAUUUACCAAUUCUUUUUUCAGCAAAAAUCUUCAUAAUCUACAACUAUGCUGAAUUUAAUACAUAAAUAAUGAAUAUUCUAGAACAUCUACAAAUUAAUCUAAAGAUCUAUCGCUGGUGCUGAUUCCCGCAGAUACUUAAUUUUAUUUUAAGUUAUACCUGUCACUUUCUUAUCCGCCGAAAAAGAAAGGGAGAGGAGAGGAAGUUGUUAGCACCAUUAUUCAAUUUAAAUUCUUCAAUUGCUUGAUUGAUUAAGUGAUUGGAAAAAUGGUUCUUUUUAAUCACACAUCUAUAUUUCGAAAUAUGCCUGAAUCAGAAUUAUAAAACUGGGGGGUUAAAAAGGCCACAUCGAAGCAUAAAAGUAAGUGCGCAAUGCAAACAAAUGUCAAAUAGCAAUACUGCUUUCUUAGAUGAAUUGCUUCGAUAUGGCCAUUUUAACCCCCCUGGUGUCUAAAGCGGUUAUUGCAUUUUCCAAUCCAUUAUGCGCGAUGCGUCAAGGUCACGGGCGCGGCGAUCAGGAUCGUGUAGAAUAGUGAACUGGUGAGCGUAACCAUGGUAACCACGAUCUCGAGCGAGUUCGUGGGGCGUAACCAUGGCAACCAUGAUCUCGAGCGAGUUUGUGGGUCGUAACCAUGGCAAACACGAUUUCGAGCGAGUUCGUGGGGCGUAACCAUGGCAACCACGAUCUAGAGCUAAUCUGACAGCGUCGAUUUUCCCGAUCCCCAUGCGACCUUGACGCAUCGGUCUGAGUGGAUUGAAUAGUAUAAUUACCUCUUAAAAGUCUUGUAAUGCACGCCAAUGCAUGAGUAUUAUCAUUAUGAUUGUGAUGUCCAAACGAAUGAAUCUUAUAAUUUAAUUUGUACUUCAUGUUGAUUAUAUUGAUGGUAAUUGUAAGCUAAACUAAUAGUGAUAAGAAUAUAAUACAAAUAAAUAGAUUGACAGUAAG